AUGCUGCCCAAGCCCACGGGCGGCUGGCGGCCCAUCUGGCUGCUCUCCAGCAUCCCGCGGAUCUGGAACAAGCUCAGGCAGGCCGAGGCGCGGCGCUGGGAGGCCUCCCUCCGCGGCUGCGGCGCAGCCGACUUCUGGGGCGGACCAGGGCGCUCGGCCCAGGAGUCCGCGUGGCGCCACGCGCUGGCCGCCAAGGCGGCAGGGGCACAGCAGCUAUACGGAGCCGCGCUGCUGAUCGACCUCGGGAAUGCGUACGAAACGGUGCGGCUGGCCCGCGCCGAGCGCCUGGCCCGCCGAGCUGGCCUGCAUGGCCGACUGGUCCGCUGCGCCAUGUCGACCUACCGCGGGCGCCGACGCAUACGGGUGGGCACCGUCGUGGCCGAGGCGCGCGCGCUGGACGCGGGCCUGGUGGCUGGGUGCCCGUGCGCGGGGAGGACCCGUAAGGCGGCGAUGCUACCGGUGGCGAGGGCGCACUCCGAGGAGUUUGGCGCCUGCAGCAGCGGCGAGCUGAAGUCCGACGUGUCCGUUUCCUACGACGACGCGACCAUGGCCUGCUACGGGCGCGCCCCGCGGGCGAUCGCGAAGCACCUGGUGGAGGCGGGGCUCGCGGUGGCAGCGGGUCUUACCGCGUUCGGCUGCAGGAUCUCGGGGGCCAAGACGGAGGUGGUGGUUUCCGACCCGCCGACGCGAGACGAGGUCCAGGCGGCGCUGAAGGCCGGCGCCCUUUAUGUGCGCAAAGUCAGAGCCUCAAUUUAA